GCCAUAUUUCCCCAUUUUUUGGGUGUUUUUGACCCCUCAGCCCCACGAAUCCCCCCCUGUUCUGGCCCCUCAGGGAUGUCAUUGGGAGUUUGCUGGGGGACAGGCGCUGGAGGACCCCUGGGGCUGAGGGACGCCCACCUGAGCUGCCAGAGGGACACCUGGGCGUGCCCCUAUGGAUCCCCCCACGGCGCUGCCCGCCCUGGACGUGGACAAAGCCGUGGCCACGGCCUUCGUGGUGCUGCUGGGGCUCUUCCUGCUCGCCAUCACCGUGCGCUGCGCCCGCCUGGUGGUGGAUCCCUACAGCGCCAUCCCCACCUCCACCUGGGAGGAGGAGCCCAUCAACUGA